AAGCUGCAUAUACAACUACGAGAUUCCGAGAGAAUCAUCAAAACAACCAAGACCAACCCAAUACCCAUCAACGAAACCACAUCACCAUGCCUACCUACAUUGUCACUUGCAAGGACGACGCCAGCCCCGAGCAGGUCGAGUCAGCCAAGCAGCACGCCAAGGACCAGGGCGGCAAGAUCACCCACGAGUACUCCCUUAUUAAGGGCUUCGCUGUCGAAUACCCCAACGAUGCCGUCCAAACCCUAGAGAGCCAUGAGCACAUCCAGACCGUCGAGGCCGACCAGGAAGUGAGGACGCAGUAGAUGCAGGGAAGCGGCGAUAUACCAGAUAGACGGUCGAUGUGUUUAGAAUUCACAGAGAUCUGCUGCCUGCUGGCGUCUCGAUAGAAGCACAAUAUCAAUGAACACCGUUAUGAGGA